GGAGGUGGGUACCGUUUGUGGAGAAUAGGAUUAGAUUCCCUUAUGCCAGAAGUGUUCUGGAAGAUUUAACACGACAGAACGAAGAUCGCAUGAUGGACCUAUUGGACAGCCCUAUAUCAGAUGCUCACGAUGCCUCGUAUGAAAGAAAACUGAAACAAUAUUUUCAGGCUUGUAACAAUAUGUUUGAUCGGGACACGAAGAGAGGUGCUCCGUUACUUAAGAUAAUUUCUGAGCUUGGAGGAUGGAAACUUUUAGGCAACUGGAAACAAGACUGGAACUUCAAUGACGCUCUGAAGAAGGUUCAGGCAGAUUUCGGUAUAGAGGCGUUAUAUUCAAUUAAAGUGCGAAAAGACUACUUUAGCAGCGAAAAGGCUGACGUUGAAAUUUUUCAAUCCGGUACAAGUGAGAUCAUGGGUGUAGAUAUGUACCUAGACAAACGUUUCCAGAAUGCGUACAAGACGUUUAUUAGAAAAGUUGGUAACCUUCUAGUUAAUGACGCCAUUACUAUGAAUAUCACCCAGGACAACGGGACAACAGAGUCAGAUCUGGACGAGUUUGUCAACGAUACCUUCACCAUAGAGUCUCGUCUAGCAAAAUUUGCAUUUUAUAAUACAGAUAAUUUUCUUACGAACUUGACUGCUCUAAACGCCGAGUCUCAUUGUCUUAUCGACUGGGUCCAACAACUGAACUAUUUCUUCGGCACAACCAACAUCACAGGUGCUACGGAGGCCAAGUUCCAGAACAAAGACUUUCUCUCGGAUAUGAUUACGUCACUUCCUGCUCAACAUAUGCGCCGGAUGUUGCAUAACUACCUAAUAUGGCGCGUUGCUGAACCAUAUGGGUUGGGUUUGUCGUGGGAUUAUAUGCAAACUGUCAAAUCGUUUGGGAAACAGUUAACCAGCAUACUUGUCCACUUGGAUUCACGAUACUUUUGCAUCCUUACAGCGGAGAAUAAACUUGAAGAUGCUAUGAGUGCACUCUAUGUCCACCACUUUUUCAAUGAGGAGAACAAAAGGACGGUUCACGAGAUCACAGACAACAUCAAGCUGGCCUUACAGUCACAGUUAGAGAAGACGCCGUGGAUGGAUGCAACAACCAAACAAUACGCCAAGGAGAAGCUGGAUAAAACCAUCUUCAGAAUGGGGUACCCUGACUGGAUUGGUAACCAGACAUACGUUGAUGUGAUGUACAGCGACCUGACCAUCAACGCUAGUGAUCAUUUUGACAACCUGAUCAGCAUUAAUCGUUUCCUCGUGAGAUGUAAAAGAUAUGAAUUCAACAACCAACGAUUUUGGCCAGAAGAUUUUUUGUUCUCCGACUUCAUCACAACUUUGGGACCACUUAUUGAAGAAAAUAUCGUGUUUGCCUCAGCAGGUGUUCUUCAGUAUCCCAUCUACUCCAGCAAGCAACCCCAUUUUGCAAGUUUUGGAUCCCUCGGCGCCAUCUUGGGUCGGGCCAUCCAUCACAUGAUUGGAGACAUAGGAAAAGACUUCGACAGACAGGGCCACCAACUUUCAGAGACAUGGUGGUCGGACGCUUCUGUCACAGCAUAUGAAAAAGUCAGGACAUGUUUAACCGAUUUCUGCAAUGAUGCCACAAAAACUGACGUAAGGCGGUACGGCAGACAGGACAUUGCAGACUUAACCGCCUGGAUAAAUGGCGUACGGCUAGCUCUGAUUGGCUACAAGGAUUGGGUCAAAAGUCGAGGGAUUGUUGAAAAAGUUUUACCGGGAAUUGGAUUAAACAACGAGCAGAUGAUUUUACUAGCGCAUGCGCAGACGUUCUGUUACGUGAAAGACGAUAUUCCUGAUUGGUUAAGAUUUUCUGAUAUACAAAAUGACGACAGGGUUAACAAGGCCCUGGGCCAACUUAAAGAGUUUUCUAAAGCCUUUAAUUGUAAACCCGAGGCUAAGAUGAACCACAAAGGCAAUUGCGGCUAUUAUUAGAUUUAUGUAUCUUUAUUCCUUAUAGUUUAUGUCAGUUGUUUUAUUAUGUUUAUGUUUGUUUGAUAUUGCUUCGGCAUUAUAAUGUGUUAGGAUAAUCAAUAGAAUGUUCAAAUUUUCCAAAGGGUGAUAGACACGUUCAAGAUUAGGACGAAUAUAUCAAGCCACUAGAUGUAACCGACACUAAAAUAAUACGCCAGGUAGUGUGUCAGUCCGUCUAUCGCAAGUUAAAACAUUGAUUAGUUGCUUACAGUGAAUAUCUGGAACAAAAGUGUUAAUUUGAUGUCAAUUUAUGCAGAAAUACAUUAAGCCUUUAAGCCAGUUGUGUUUCGAUCCUCCACUAAAAAAAUUGCGAAGACGCAAUUCAAGGCAUACAAUCUCCACGUGCAUGAAUGAGGUUAAAAAAUCUAAUUAAACUACCUGCAAAAGAUGUUUAAUAAAAAGUAAAUGGGAUUAUGUUUUAAACUAAAAUUUCCCCACUGAAAAAUCAAAAUACACUUAAGGUUUCUUAACUAAAUGAAAAGACAUAUUCUUUUUGAACUUUUCAAGUGUUGUGCAAAGAAUUAGAAAAAAACAACAACCCGC